AAAAGAAUUAAAAACAAGUCCACCAAACAGAAAGGAAGAAAUCAAAGAAUAAACCACCUCACAUUACAAAGGGAAGGAAUCGAGAAACAAAUUCAAAGCCAAACAGAGGAAAAGAAGAGUGUUUCUUUUUUUAAAUUGCAAUGGCAGUAGGACUCAAUUCUUGUAAGUUUGUUUUGAUCUUUGCUACGGUGUUGAUGAUGACCGUCGAUGCGAUUGGGGACAGCCAAAACCAGCAGGCAGCCCUGGGCUGGAUGUCAACCACCGCCACCAGAUCGGCGUGCAAGGGUCCCAUAGGCGAAUGCUUAGAAGGGGAAGAAGAGUUUGAGUUGGAUUCGGAGAUCAACCGCCGUAUUUUGCAAACCACGAGGUACAUCAGCUACGGCGCGCUCCAGAGGAACACCGUCCCUUGCUCCCGCCGUGGCGCCUCCUAUUACAAUUGUCAGCCCGGAGCUCAGGCCAACCCUUACAACCGUGGAUGCAGCCGUAUCACAAGGUGCAGGAGCUGAGCUCUUUUUUUUUUCUUUUGAAGAUGAAGUAAUAAUUUCCUUUUCAGGUUUUUUUACUAUUUUUAUUGGGGUUUGGUCGUCGUACACUAAGAAAAAAAAUUGAGAUGUGGAGACAUUGAUGAUAAUCAUGUUCUUA